AUGGAAUUCGGGGUCCGUGUCAAAGGCUGCACAGCUGAGCAAUUUCUGGGUGGAAACCUAUCCCAAGGACAGACUUCUCCAAAACAGCUGCCUGCAUUCCACCUAAAGCGACGCAGGAAGAUCAGCCAGACUUGUGUUAAAGAGCGGGGACAGCUGAAGCUCUCCAUCCACAUGCAAGGCAGAAGGCUUAAACUUCAUGUCGUGGAAGCCAAAGGUCUCAUGGGGAAACACUAUCGAAUGUGUGACUCCUUUGUCAAGGUGUCCAUUGUGCCAGACACAUCGCGGAAAUGCAGGCAAAAGUCCAAGACCAUUUUGGGCAGUAAAAACCCUGUCUUCCACGAGCAGUUUAUCUUCUGUUUGCAGGAGGAAGAUGAGCAGAAGCGCCUCCUUGUCACAGUCUGGAACCGACCACAGGAUUCGAGGCAGAGCAGACUCCUUGGCUGCAUGAGCUUCGGUGUGAAGACCUUGCUGGGUCCAGAGAAGAAAAUUUGUGGCUGGUAUUACUUACUGGGAGAAGAUCUGGGCCGAACAAAGCACCUGAAAGUGGGCACACGGCAGCUCAAGCCAGGCCAAGAGAUGACGUUAGCCAAGCCGGCGGCCUUACUGGGGAAGCAGCAGCUGCAGCAGGACAUGGAGCAGAUCAAGAUUACAAUCCCACGUGGGAAGAAUGGGUUUGGCUUCACCAUCUGCUGUGACUCUCCUGUUAGGGUCCAAGCGGUGGAUUCUGGUAAGGAUGCGUUCGGGUUUGAGCUGGAAUGUGUGCUCAGCCUGCAGGCUCACUCCCAUGAGCAGAAGACCAGGGUGUGCUGGUGUCUGAUCGAUCACGUCUUGAAGCAGCAGCCAAGAACAACCCCAACAGCCCCUCCAGCGGAAAACAAGAUGCUUGAGCCAGCAGCUGCGAAAUUAGGGGCAGUGCCCCCUGUGGGGCAGGAUGACAGCAGCCGCCUUGCCUAUCCUGUGAGGGGCAACUCCGUAGAGGGGCUGACAGGGGAAGCUGUGGCAGGAGUCCAGGGCGUCGCGAUGGAACAGGGGAAGCAGCCCUGCCACCUCGAGGAGAAGGAGCAGGAAGCGCCCUGCAGUGGCUCCACUGCCUUUACAAUCCCAAAGUUGCAGGUGGAGGGUGCCUUUAAUCCAGACCUGACCGGCCUCACCAGCCUCAAGCUCAGCGGUCCAGAGGAAUUGGCCGAGGAAGAGGAGGAAGAGGAGGAGGACAGCGGGGAGGCCUAUCUGGCCAGGGGGCACCGAAAACGCUGCAGCUUGUUCGAAACGUCCGCCUGUCAGCCGGCCUGCACCCUGAGUGUGCAGAACUCUCUGCGGCGUCGGACUCACAGCGAGGGCAGCCUGCUUCAGGAGCCCCGAGCCGGCCAUUGCUUCACCUCUGACACCAGCCUGAAUUACACCGAGAUGCAAGGACCCACCGCCGGCUGGACGCUGCCAUCUCCACAGAGCCUCAAGAAACAGCUUCUGAAGAAUGGGGGCUCCAUCCACCAACUCACGCUGCUCUUCGUUGGGAAUCGGAAGCAGCAGCAGCAGCAGCAGAUGCUGGACCCCGAAGGAGUUUGGGACUCAGGAGCAGCCCACAAGAUGAACAAGGCAAUUCAUACCUGGCUCAUCUUCUGCCUGCCUGCAAGCAAGGGGCAGAAUCUGGUGUUCAUCUGGGCGGUCACACAUGCGGCGGGCGCUCGGCGAGGGACGGGCGGGCGGGCUCUCGGAGGCGGCUGGCCAGGCUUGCGCCCUCCGGCCCGGGCCAUGCCUUUCUUCCGCGACCCGAGCAAGGCGCCGGCGGCGGAGCUCCAGGCGGAGAUCUUGUGGGGCGCUCGCCGGGGAGGCCUGCAGAGGCGGCAUACCACCAAGGAGGCCCGAGACGUCAAGAACCGGCUGGGGCUCUUUCGGAAGCGGCAGGAAGCUCUGUGGGGGCAGCCUGAGAGCAAGGCCGACAAAGGGAUGAAGCUUCUGCGGCCCCCUCCUGAAGAAGCUCUUAAAUGGGGAGACUCACUGGAAAAGCUGCUGCAGCAUAAAUAUGGGGUGGCUGCCUUCCGUUCUUUCCUGCGCACCGAGUUCAGUGAGGAGAACCUAGAGUUCUGGCUGGCAUGCGAGGAAUACAAGAACAUCAAAUCCCAGUCCAAGAUGAUAGCCAAAGCCAAGAAGAUCUUCACCGAAUACAUUGCUGUCCAGUCCUGCAAAGAGGUCAACCUGGACUCCUACACCCGGGAAUACACCAAAGAGAACUUGCAGAACAUCAGCUGGGGCUGCUUCGACCUCGCCCAGCGGAGGAUCUAUGGCUUGAUGGAGAAGGACCCCUACCCUCGCUUCUUGCGCUCAGAGAUGUACUUGGACCUCAUUAACCCGAGGAAACCUAGCCCUCCUCUGUAGGCCUCCCUCCCUCCCUCCAGGGAGCAGUACGUUUACAAGUCAUUACAUUUUUGGCUAAGGGAUUGUCUGGAUAAAUAAAUCUGUCUUCCCACCCCAAGGGGCCUGGGGUUACAGAAAUAAGCAGCUUAGCUCUUCCUUCUUUCCGAGAACCUGCUUUUUCCCCCCCUCUGGUACGAUGAAGUCAUGGCACCCAAAAGCUACAAAGGAGCAGACCUUCCAACGGACGACCGUGAAGUCCGGCGCUUUCCUUCCGCCCUUCCUUCCGCUGUUCUGGAGGUGGCAGCGCGAUGAGUUCUUCCUGCACCCCGAACCUGCCUUGGGACAUCCGUGGCUUUCCAUAAACGGGCCGCAUCCUCACAAGCGCAAGAUGGAGGAGAAGGGUCCCUUGCAGACUUUUUUGCAUUUGACUCUCGGCAUGUUUUCUCUGGACCGAAAGCUCCCUCUUCACCGUCCUUCCCAUUAGCGCAUCAGACCAUGGAAUUAUCCUGCUUCUCUUCAACUGUCUGAAAGGCAUAAUCCUUGCUCAGUUUAUUUAUUGAAGCCUUCUAGCGGGAUACCGUGUCUGUGAGAAAAUGUCUCCCUGUUGAGUUUCCUUUUAAAUUUCAAGUGCAAUAUAUAUUUUUUUUAUUACCCCAUUGCUAUCAUUUGUCUCCCGGUUUUCUCUCUCGACUCUUGGAGCGUGGAGCAGAAUGAAUGUAGUCUGUUCUCAGUCUUGUUCCUUAUUCUUUGGCUUUUUGACACCUGCU